UUACUAUCAGCUGACAUCCGGCGUCUUGCCGACCAUUAGCCGACAAGCUUCACAUUCAGCCUUCUCCAUCUGCACUCGAUAAUUCACCCCGUCAGAAAAGCGUCACUCGAUGAUUCUUCCACGCUGCUGAAUGCGCAUUUUGACCGCCCUCGUCAAAUGCAGGUGAGCUCGACGUCAGGGCUCUGGCCCCGUCUGCUGCAGCUGAAGCAUACCCGUCCUGCCUCCACUCUGCUCCGGCUACACUGCCUUGUCUCUUCGCUGAGCCAUGAGCACUCACCGGGACCUUGACAUGGUGAACCUCCGCCUCAUCCUGGUCAGCGGGAAAACGCAGGACUUCACCUUCUCGCCAAACGACUCGGCCACGGACAUUGCCAAGCACGUGUUUGAAAACUGGCCCACGGGAUGGGAGGAGGAGCGGGUGAGCAGCCCCAGCAUCCUGCGCCUUAUCUUCCAGGGACGCUUCCUUCAUGGCAACGUCACCCUCGGAGCGCUGAAGUUGCCCCCGGGCCGGACCACCGUCAUGCACCUGGUUGCCAGGGAGACGCUUCCGGAGCCCAACUCUCAUGGUCAAAGAAACAGAGAAAAAACCACAGAGAGCAAUUGCUGUCUCCUCUUGUAAGGAAACCACCCUUCCCCUACACCCUCAUAUAAAUGCAUAUAUAUCACACACACACACACAGACACGUCCUCCUCUUGCCGGUCGCCCGUCAGCGGUUGACUAAAUUCACUGGAAAUCUAGUUGAUGUUUUUGUUUCGUCCUGUCAACGGCUUGUUUUUUUUUUUUUUUGUGCCAACUUAUCCACGCAAAACACUUAAGUCCAAACAUUUCAACAUAUCCUCAACAUUUGUGCCCUCACUGAACUGCUGGACACACACACACACAAACACACACACCUGAAUAGAUUCCGUGGAUGGAUACUCGGCUCUGACUGAACGCUGUUAACCCCAUAAUGCACUUAACCAGUUUAAUGGCAAGUGUGUGCUGUUCUUCAUCCUCCUCCUCCUUCUUCUCCAUGGAUGUUAUUUUAUCUCCUUCAGAGGAGCAAAUGGAACUUGUGCCAUCUUCUUCAUCCCACGUUUCUGCCUCAGCACCGGUGGCAUCUGUGCCAUGAAAAUGUUUGUGUCUUUGUUCGGACCAGCGGGAAUAGGGCGCAUGUAGGGGUUUGGGGGGUGUAGACUUUUAAGAAAGGAAAAGGGCCUUGUCGGCUUUAAAAGGGAACACGCUGUGGUCAAGGUCACAGCAGGCCAGUCCAGUUGAAGAUGAAGACGAAAUUUAUUUGGAGGGGAAGGGGGUCUUGUUGGUUGUGGAUUUGCCCUCCUGUUUCUUUGAAUGCUGUCUCUACUUCUCGUUUGCCUUUUAUUGUGGAAUCCAGUAAUAUCAUUAAUAUUGAAAUUUAAAUAUAUCGAUUUUUAUCUCGUGUAUAGGUAUUUGUGUGCGAGUGUGUGUGCGUGCGCGCGUAUGAUCGGUGCUUGAUAAACACAUUAAAAAAAAAAGAAAAGAAAAAGCUCAUCGCCGAGGGAGCGGCGACAAGCUUUGCUUACAGGUGCGAAAACGUUGAGCUUUUUUUUUCCUUUUCGAGUGUGCUUUGCGUUGUGAUCUUUUUGUCUCAUCUGUGUCACUGCUAUGAACUUUAGUCCGUAAGAAUCCAUGUGCAAACUAACAUACAAAGUGGGCUGUCUCGGCGCUUGUAUGAUAAAGUGAUCAAUCUUGAAUAGCGCAAAUGCUCCCCCACUUUUUACUCUGGAGAAAAGCUUGAACGGCUGCCUAAUAGCUAGCUCUCCUCACGUCAUCUGUUUUAUACACGAUGUACUUUAAUAGGCUGUCUUUGAAUGGUUGACCUUUGGUGUUCUAAGUAUUAUAAUGACCUCUGGAUUUAAUGGCAUAUUGUAUAGAAGUGUGAAUAUUAAUAAUGAUAAUGAAUUCUGUCUUAAAUAAAUUCCUCUCACACCUGC